UUUAAUCUUUUAGGUAUAGCAUAACUCUUUCUUUUUAAGUGUAAGGUACUAUUGAACUGAAGUGUGCUAAGGGACUACUAAAAAAUGGAAAAGUAGAAUUCAAUAUACCUUCCCAACCUUGAAGAGCAAUUAGUUUGAGGGAGAACAUGCCUCAAGCCUCAAGGGCACAGAUUACUUUUUCCUUUUUUCCUUUUAACUCUUUGUCUCUCCUUCUACAAAUCUUGUUAUAUUUUGGAAUAGUUAGAGAACAAUAGUGAAAAGGGUUUUUCCUAAUUUAGGUUCUUAACAAAAGAAAUGACUUGUAUCAAUGACUCUGUCAACGAGCAAUCUAUCUCAAUAAAUGUUACCAAUGAAAGCACCACAAAUACUACCAAAACAAGAACUUGUCCUUCUUGUGGUCAUCUGAUCAAAUCUGAAGAAAAGGCUGGGAUUCACAAUCUUCCAGGGUUGCCUGCGGGGGUGAAGUUUGAUCCAAGUGAUCAAGAACUUCUUGAACAUCUAGAGGCAAAAGUGAGAUUAGAUGCUCACAAACUUCACCCUUUAAUUGAUGAGUUCAUUCACUCACUAGAGGGAGAAAAUGGAAUUUGCUAUACUCAUCCAGAGAAAUUACCAGGAGUGUCUCAAGAUGGCAUAAUCCGACAUUUUUUUCAUAGACCAUCUAAAGCAUAUACCACAGGUACAAGAAAAAGAAGAAAAGUAGACACAGAUAUAGAAGGAAACGAAACUCGUUGGCACAAAACAGGCAAGACUAGACCAGUUGUAGUCAAAGGCAAAGUGAAAGGACACAAGAAAAUACUUGUGCUCUAUACAAACUAUGGAAAACAAAGAAAACCUGAGAAAACAAAUUGGGUAAUGCAUCAAUAUCAUCUUGGUGAUAAUGAAGAUGAAAAAGAAGGAGAGCUUGUUGUAUCAAAAGUCUUUUACCAAACUCAGCCAAGACAAUGUGGUAAUUCUCUCCUUAGAAAUAAUUGUCCUCCUCCUUCAAUUAGAGCCAAUAUUGGUCAAGCAUCUCAAUUUAGAGACAAUACUACAUUUGUUCAAUGUUUCAAUAAUCCAACUCUCAUAUCCUUUGAUCAAUAUGAGCAUAAUAAUCGUCCAACUCCUCGUCUCCCAAAUUUUAAUCUCCCUGACGCUUCAUUUAUUCCUUGACUAUUUUUUUUCCUUUUAGAUGAGAUAGUCAUACGUUUUAACAGUUCUGAAUAAGUUAUCGAAACAGAAUUAUUAUAAGCAGGAGGACGAGGAAGAAUAAAGAGAGUUUCUCUUGUUAUUGAGGACUAUAUACUUAGGGUUUCAGGUGCUUCUAGAAGUUGGAAGAUGAAGUUCAGCUCCAAACUUUAAUUAUCGUUUUAAUUAUAUUUAUAUUUUUGAUGUGGUUAUUUAUGCAAUGAUGCUUCCUUUGUACAGUGAGGCUGAAGAAAUAAGUGUACAUGGCUCAUGAUACAUAGACUGGGAGAGUAACUAAUUGGAGUUCAACUGUACAAAGAUAUAUACUGCUAUGGUUUAGCAUAUUUACACUCAUUAUUCAUUAUAUUUUCUUUGCUAUAA